UUGGAACACAGCUCUUGUUGCGGUAUGAUGGUGAAUCAGUGUUGCGAUAUUGGGCUACGUUCAGAAAACACAACAUCAGUUACACAACAAUUGAGUAAUUCGUCAACGUUAUUGAUCUGAAUGUAAGAAUCUAACAAUAAGGAGGACCAAUAGUUACUAAUCGAUCAGUGAGCGCCUUCUUUUCUGAACUCAACCAUUGGUGACGUUUUAUGUGCAUAUGCGACGAAAUUGGAGAAAAUCCAGUAACGUGCACAUAUGAGUGGCAGUUUUGACGGGAUGCGACCGGCAGAGAGGCGAUGGGGCAAGCCUGCUGAGAAGAAAACAGAAAACAAGACUGAGAAGAAGCCAGCUACCCCAGUUACUAGUGGUAAGGUGACAAAGACUGCGGUUAAGCCUGCUGCUGCAAAGAAACCAGCCGCUUCUAAGCCAGCCACAGCCAUCAAAUCUGCAGCCAAGCCUGUAGCUAAAACUGUUCUUAAGCUUGCUAGCAAGCCAUUGAUUAGCAAGCCUAAAAAAAAUGUAUCAGCCACCAAGAAGACUCCUAAAGGUGAAAAGUCACCAGCUCCUCUUCAAAAAGCUCUUAAGGCACAGAAAAAGAUUUUGAAAGGAGUACAUGGCUCAAGAGUGAGGAAAAUCAGGACAUCGGUUCAUUUUCAUAGACCCAAAACACAAAGACCCUCAAGGACACCUAAAUACUUACGAAAAUCAGUAUCAAAUAGGAACCGUAUGGAUGCUUUCAAUAUCAUCAAAUAUCCUUUGACAACGGAAGCAGCGAUGAAAAAAAUUGAAGACAACAACACCUUAGUCUUCAUAGUUCAUAUGCGGUCUAAUAAAUAUCACAUUAAAGCGUCGAUCAAGAAGCUGUAUGACGUUGAUGUAGCUAAAGUUAAUACUCUCAUCAGGCCAGAUGGGAGGAAAAAAGCUUACGUGCGUUUAACGCGCGAUUACGACGCUUUGGACGUCGCAAACAAGAUCGGUAUCAUAUGAAUGUGCCUCUCUUGUAAAACAAAAUCUGUAUUGAUAAUAAAGUAUCAUUACGGUA